GCGAUGUGAGUCUUUCAGUUGAUGGUUCUUGUGUGACGUAUAAUCUAGUGGACGGGACGGGAGGCUUCUUCAACAGCGACAAAAGGCUUCUGAUUCACCCACCGCGGUGGUCUGCUAGCGAACAUAAAACCGAAACGUUUAAGAUCUUUAGACCAUUAUUGUGUAUUUUAUGUAUUAUUAAUCUUAGUGUUUAGAACAUCAUUCUGUUUACGUAUCUACUUGUUCAUUUAAACGCAAUUUGCUUAUUACAUUAGCAAAUCUGUUACAUUGGUAUUGCGCUAGGCUAAUGUCCCUGAGCAUUUUUUAUUUUUAUUUAUUUCACCUUUAUUUAACCAAGUAGACUAGUUGAGAACUAGUUCUCAUUUACAACUGCGACCUGGCAUGAGCUCACUAAACUAGACGGAGAAAGAAGCUCUGAUGAAAGGAGAGGAAGAAGCUUUCAGGAUGAAAAAGGAGGAAGAGGAGGCUAUCACAUUGAAAGAAGAGGAUGAUAUUACAGUGAAAGAGGAAGAUGGGAAAGAGGUUGUCAAAGUGGAAGAGGAGGAGGUAGAAGCUUUCAGAAUCAGAAAGGAGGAAGAUGCCAUAACAUUGAAAGAAGAGAAUGUAGUGAAAGAAGAGGAAGAACCUUUUAGAGUAAAAGAGGAAGAGGAGGCUAUCUCAAUAAAAGAGGAGGAGGACGUUUUGGGAGUGAAAAAGGAGGAGGCUGAAGAUCCGAUUAACACCAGAGAGAGACAUGACUAUUGUGGAUCCUCUGGGGAGCCUCAACAACAUCCUGAUGCUGACGAGGCAGAGAAGAGUCUCUCCAGAUCAGAACACCAGAUGGACAACACUAGCCCUUCCUCCCUCCCGGAGUCCGUGUGUAGUGCCUCUCCCGGUAGCACCUUACUGCUGGGUAUGAAGAGGUUGUCUGUGCUGCUGGUGGACUGCAGGAAAUCAACUUGUCUGAGUGGAACUGUGAGAGGAGGAGAAGAGAAGAAAGGAUCAGAUUUGACACAUCAAACAGGAGAAAGACCAGACUCAGAAGAACCAGAGCCAGGGACGUCCAAACCAGCAAGAAGACACCAGUGUUCCCACUGUGGAAAGAGUUUUAACCAGAAAGGACACCUGAACCAACAUGAGAGAAUACACACAGGGGAGAAGCCUUACCACUGCUCCCAGUGUGGAAAGGGUUUUAACCAGAAAAGCUACCUGAAAAAACACGAGAGAAUACACAUAGAGGAGAAGCCUUACCACUGCUCCCAGUGUGGAAAGAGUUUUACCCACUUGUGUAAUCUGAAAACACAUGAGAGAAUACACACGGGAGAAAAGCUGUACUGCUGCUCCCAGUGUGGAAGGAGUUUUACCCACUUACGUAACCUGAAAACACAUGAGAGAAUACACACAGGGCAGAAGCCUUACCAUUGCUCCAAGUGUGGAAAGAAUUUUACUGACUUAAAUAACCUGAAAACACAUGAACAAUUACACACAGGGGAGAAGCCUUACUGCUGCUCCCAGUGUGGAAAACGUUUUAACCAGAAAAGCUACCUGAAAAAACACGAGAGAAUACACACAGGAGAAAAGCCUUACCACUGCUCCCAGUGUGGGAAGGGUUGUAACCAGUUAGGUGACCUGAAACGACAUGAGAAAAUACACACAGGAGAAAAGCUGUACUAUUGCUCCCAGUGUGGAAAGGGCUGUAACCACUUAGGUGACCUGAAACGACAUGAGAGAAUACACACAGGAGAAAAUCUGUACUAUUGCUCCCAGUGUGGAAAGGGUUGUAACCACUUAGGUGACCUGAAACGACAUGAGAGAAUACACACAGGAGAAAAGCUGUACCACUGCUCCCAGUGUGGAAAGAGUUUUACCCACUUACGUAACCUGAAAACACAUGAGAUAAUACAUACAGGGGAGAAGCCUUACCACUGCUCCCAGUGUGGAAAGAGUUUUAUCCACUUAUGUAAUCUGAAAACACACAAGCAAUUACACACAGGGGAGAAGCCUUACCACUGCUCCCAGUGUGGAAAGAGUUUUAAUCAGAAAAGCUACCUUAAAAAACAUGAGAGAUCACACACAGGAGACAAGCCUUACCACUGCUCCCAGUGUGGUAAGGGUUGUAACCAGUUAGGGGACCUGAAACAACAUGAGAGAGUACACACAGGAGAAAAGCUGUACCACUGCUCCCAGUGUGGAAAGGAUUUUACCCAGUUAGGGGUCCUGAAACGGCAUGAGAGAAUACACACAGGAGAGAAGCCUUACCACUGCUCCCAGUGUGGAAAGGGUUUUACCCAGUUAGGGGACCUGAAUCGGCAUGAGAGAAUACACACAGGAGAAAAGCUGUACUACUGCUCCCAGUGUGGAAAGAGUUUUACCCAGUUUUUGAACUUGAAAACACAUGAGAGAAUACACACACAGGGGAGAAGCCUUACCACUCCUCCCAGUGUGGAAAUCGUUUUAAUCAGUUAGGUAACAUGAGAACACAUGAGAAUAAACACACAGUAGAUAAGGAUGUAGGCUACUGAACAGUAGGAAACAGGACAGAUUUUAGGCUGCUGAACAGUAGGACAUAGGAGAGGUGCAAGCCCUAUACGUGGUGGGAGGCUGCAGAGACUCGGGAAAUUCGUGUUAGGUAUUGACUUUACAGUGUUUUCCUUACUGCAUGUAUUUUUAUGUAAAUAAACUGUUAUCUCAGAAUGAUGUUGGGGAUAAUUAAGUACUGGUGCUAUAAUGUCUGGCGCCGCCUCCACUGGCCAAUAGGGAUGUGUGUCAUAGUAUCAUAGGGUAUCAUAGGGAUGGGUAUCAUAGGAUAUCAUAGGGAUGGGUAUCAUAGGAUAUCAUAGGGCUGUGUAUCAUAGUAUCAUAGGAUAUCAUAGGGAUGGGUAUCAUAGGAUAUCAUAGGGAUGGGUAUCAUAGGGAAUCAUAGGGAAUAAUAGGGAUGUGUAUCAUAGUAUCACAGGGUAUCAUAGGGAUGUGUAUCAUAGGGGAUCGUAAGGAUAUCAUAGGGAUGGGUAUAAUAGGAUAUCAUAGGGAAUAAUAGGGAUGUGUAUCAUAGGGAUGGGUAUCAUAGGAUAUCAUAGGGAAUAAUAGGGCUGUGUAUCAUAGUAGUGUGCUGAAUAACUGAUGAAUAAGUAGUGGUCCUAUAAUGUAAACUCCAACAGGAAAUAAAUUCUAAUGUAUAACUUCAAGAU